GGCUGACAUGUGACUCUGACAGGGUUUCAGCUUCCUGUCGGGAUGUGUUCCCUCCCCCAACGUCCAAGAAGGCGGCGGAAGUCAACAUGUCGAGUCUGCACAAGAGCAAAAUCGCAGAGUUCCAGAGCCUUCUCAGUGAAGCGCACAUCAAGCUGUCGGUGUUGAGGGAACUUUGCUUUAACGGAAUCCCCUUCGAAUCGGGCAUCCGGUGUCUCUGCUGGAAGAUCCUGCUCAACUAUCUUCCCACAGACCGGGUAUUAUGGGAUCCUGUGCUGAAGAAACAAAGGGAAACCUACACCCAUUUCCUCAAGGAGAUGAUCAUCCAACCAGGCAUUGCCAAGGCCAACCAUGGCCUGUCCAGGGAAGAUGUCACUUUGGAAGACCAUCCUCUCAAUCCUAACCCAGAUAGUCGGUGGAACACAUAUUUCAAAGAUAAUGAAGUGCUUCUACAGAUAGAUAAGGAUGUCAGGAGACUGUGUCCCGACUUCUCAUUUUUCCUCCACCCUACGGAAUACCCCUGCCAGCUAAUCAUGGAUCCAGAGAAUGAGUAUGAGACCCUGAGAAAACGCGUGGAACAGACAACGCUCAAGUCUCAGACCGUGGCAAGGAACAGGAGUGGCCUAACUAAUGUGAGUUCUCCUAUGAAGACGUCGGCUUCUCAUGCGUUGGGUGACUUGGAGCCGCUUGGCAGUGGCUGUGAGGCCCACUGGGAGGUGGUAGAACGAAUCCUUUUCAUCUAUGCCAAGCUGAACCCUGGAAUUGCCUAUGUACAAGGCAUGAACGAGAUAGUUGGACCAAUCUAUUAUACAUUUGCCACUAACCCCAAUAGCUCAUGGAAAGAGCACGCAGAAGCAGAUACCUUCUUUUGCUUCACUAACCUAAUGGCGGAAAUCCGGGACAACUUCAUCAAAAGCCUGGAUGACUCUCAGUGUGGAAUAACUUCUAAGAUGGAGGGAGUGUACUCCAUGUUAAAGGAAGACGACGAGGAAUUGUAUCUUAAGCUGCAAGAACAGAACAUCAAGCCUCAGUUCUUUGCCUUCCGAUGGCUGACGCUGCUGUUUUCCCAGGAGUUUGUGCUUCCUGAUGUCAUCCGUAUCUGGGAUUCUUUAUUUGCUGAUGAGAACAGAUUUGACUUCCUUCUGAAAGUUUCCUGUGCCAUGCUUAUAUUGAUCCGUGAUCAGUUAUUAGAGGGAGACUUUACAGUGAACAUGAGGUUACUCCAGGAUUACCCCCUGUCUGAUGGAGAUGUGCUGCCUAUCUUAAAAAAAGCCAAGGAGCUCCAGGAUUCCAAAUGAGUUUUGUGCACAGGCCUCAGCCCCAGGGGAUCCAGUUUUCCUUUAUGGCUGACCAUGACUUUGCACUACGGUGACCUGGACAAUCACUCCACCAGGCUCACGGGAUCACCAAUGCAGUUACUGCUGAUCCGAGUUUAUCUGAGAACAGGUCAACUACCUUCUACAUGUGUUACAUGGACAGACAUAUUUGGUGAAGUGUUACCAUGUUAAGCAUGCCUUGUACACUCCUAAUUGAAGGAUUAUUCUACAGGCAUAAGGCCGGGACUUUCCGCGCUCUCCCACGUGCCUCUGCUCUGGCCUUAAUGACCAGCCAAUGCACUAUACACAUUUCUGGCCUUGGAGCGGCUUUGUGAAAACCUGUUCAGUACCCUGAAGUGCUCAUCAUUGUAUGCCACGUGUUGGGUGACUAAUGAGAAUUGUACCACCCCGUUGCUCAAGGGAAAGACCAUGGUGCAUAAAAGCUGCCUCAUCGCUCGAGCCCUUGGGCCUAAGCCACUAAGUGUUUUUUUGUUUGUAUUUCGUAUUGCGUUUCAUAAGAGAAACAAAUUGAUUUUAUUGAGA